UGUCACGCGUUUUCCUUUCCGGCUCCGAAAAAGAAAAAAAAAAUCAUCCCGUUUUUUUUCCUCCUUAUCCACCACCGACUUUCGCUCCAGCAGCACCAUCGUCUGUCAACACGGUUCAUACGCCACACUACUUAUGCGGUCGGGCUGAAUCCCAAAUCACAUCCCGCGCCCUUUCGAAGCGCCCUCCUUCGUCCUCAAGGUGAUUUUGCGCCUACGUCCUUCGUAGUGGUCUAGGUGCAUAUUUGCGAUGCGGCCGCUCCUGCCGUGUCAAACAAACGUAGCCGGGUUUCUGAGCUCGGCGAAAAAAUAAGUACAGCGCAGACCAGGUUGGCGCGUUCCGCUUGAUUAUAUACACGUUUUUUUUGUAUUUCCCUGACCCGUUAAAUCACGUUUUGGACGCGUUUUGCUCGAUGCGGGGCGCGGUUGUUAAAGCCGCCCGGGUCUGAAGGGUUUGACCGCGGACUUGCUAACUGGGCGCUUGAGAAUCAACGACUCCGAGGCUGGAAGGCAGUGGCCGCCAUUUUGUGCGCUACCCGGAGGACCGGAGAGUAGCGUUUUCACGCGAACAGGCGGAAAUAUAAUUUAGAGGUCUUCUGAUCGGGCUCGUGUACGAGAUCGUCCUCUCUGCCCUCGGCUGACGUUUCUGAGGUCGAGAGCAGCUCCUCUGCCGAGUGCUGCUGAGGGAUCAUGAGCGCACUCAGAUAGGGAGGGGAGGGACUCCACCGAAGCAUGAACCUAUAAAUGGAUUACAAGAUGCAUUCCAAGUCCAAUGAUUUGCUGGAUUUUCAGACACUGGAUGCCCUUUUGGAAAAAAUUGCACAUUAUUCAGGAGCUGUAAAAAGAGAUCCCAGCGAGGAGUGCAAUGGAAUCGGCGGCGCUCUCCCUGCAGAGGCCGCGCCAGGCUCGAGGCUGAACGAGUGGUGUCCCGUCGCCCCUCCUGCUCCUCAUCCUCCUCCACCACCUCCGCCUCCACCCGCCCCGGUGACCGCGCUUCGUCCAACUAGCAUGGGUGACGGUCUGGACGCCGCACCGAUGUCAGGGAGCAGCAGCAGCAGUCAGGGGCAGCCCCAGUCCCAGUCCCAGCUCUCUCACCUCUUAAACCCCCCUCCCCCAGAGGUCCUCAAUGCAGCACGGCCCAAGCGCCAGACCAACCAGCUGCAAUACCUGCUCAAGGUGGUGCUCAAGAACUUAUGGAAGCACCAGUUCUCGUGGCCCUUCCAGGCUCCCGUCGAUGCAGUAAAGCUUAACCUACCUGACUAUUAUAAGAUAAUUAAAAACCCUAUGGACAUGGGAACAAUCAAGAAACGACUCGAGAACAGCUUCUACUUCAACGCCCAAGAAUGUAUUCAAGACUUCAACACCAUGUUUACCAACUGCUACAUUUACAAUAAGGCAGGGGAUGACAUAGUCUUAAUGGCCGAGGCACUGGAGAAACUGUUCCUCCAGAAGAUUUCGGAAAUGCCCCAGGAGGAGAAUGAGAUUGCAGUCAUGACUCCUAAGGGCCGUGGUCGGGGCAGGAGGGACCCAGGGUUGAACCUAAAGCCCCCUGGACCUCCUGGUUUGGAUUCCCCAUCAACAACGCCUCAGACUCGUGGUAUUUCUAAUCACGGACCAGGGCCACAGACUAGAGGACCCAUACCGGGUCCUCCAGCUCUCCCUCCACAAGUGGCUCUGCAGCAAGCUCUACCCCCUCGUGUCCCCCCUACAAUCCCCCAGCUGGGUCCGCCCUUUCCUCUCGGCCCUGCAGACUGCAACCCUCCGAGCACCAUCAUGACCUCUGUCCCGCUACCGACGCAGACUGCUCUUCCACCCAUGCCCAUUCAACAGAGUCCUGCACCGAUGCUUCAGAGCGUCAUGCCUAAACAGAGAAAAAGCCAGAAGAGGAAAGCAGACACGACGACUCCCACCGCCAACGACCAGCUGAGCGAGUCCUCUCCCGCAGAAUCCAAGUCGGGGAAGACCCUCCCCCGGCGAGAGAGCGUGCGGCCGUCUAAACAACCCAAGAAAGAAGCGCCGGAUUCCCAGCACCACCUCGGCUUCAGCGUGCCGGCCGGCCCCUGCAGCCCCAAAGUGCUGGAACAGCUGCGCUACUGCUCCGGCAUCGUGAAGGAGAUGCUUGCUAAGAAGCACACCGCUUACGCGUGGCCUUUCUACAAACCGGUGGAUGUGGAGAGUCUGGGACUGCAUGACUACCAUGACAUCAUCAAACACCCCAUGGACCUCGCCACCAUCAAGGACAAAUUGGACACCAGACAGUACAGAGACGCGCAGGAGUUUGCAGCUGACGUGCGGUUAAUGUUCUCCAACUGCUACAAGUACAACCCUCCAGACCACGAGGUCGUGGUGAUGGCGCGCAAGCUGCAGGAUGUGUUCGAGAUGCGCUUUGCUAAAAUGCCAGACGAGGCAGAGGAGGUCUUUACCCCUGCGCCUGCCCCCGUGCUGCACCCCGCACUGCACCCCGCUGCCCCCGUGAAACCCCAGCCGCCCAUCGCCGCUCCCUCGUCCUCCGACAGCUCCAGCGACUCCUCGUCCGAGUCGGAAUCCUCCACCGACGAUUCAGAGGAGGAGAGGGCGCAGAGACUGGCUGAACUCAAGGAGCAGCUCAAGGCGGUCCACGAGCAGCUGGCAGCCCUGUCUCAACCCCAGGCCAGCAAACCAAAGAAGAAAGAAAAGGACAAGAAGGAAAAGAAGAAGGAAAAGCACAAAAAGAAAGCCAUCCCUGGACUGGACGAGAUCCUCGAGGCUCCUUCUGCUCUCCCGACGCCGAAAAGCAAGAACAAGAACAACAAGGAUCCUCUGCCUAAGAAGACCAAGAAGCCAAGUAAGAAGGAGGGCAUUAAGAACAACCGCUCCAUUCCUGCCCCAGGCGUCGUGAAUCCCAUCCUUCAGCCUUUACCCUGCCCUGACCCCAUGGAAGAGCUGGCUCUGGCAGGGGGACCAGGAUCCACAGGCUUGGUUCCUGGUGAGAAGUGCAAGCCCAUGUCCUACGAGGAGAAGAGGCAACUGAGCCUCGACAUCAACAAGCUGCCGGGGGACAAGCUGGGCCGCGUGGUCCACAUCAUUCAGUCUCGCGAGCCCUCGCUGAAAAACUCUAACCCGGACGAGAUCGAGAUCGACUUUGAGACGCUGAAACCCUCCACGCUGCGGGAGCUGGAGAGAUACGUCUCUUCCUGUCUCCGCAAGAAGAAGAAACCUCCAGAGAAGACCAUGGAGACGAUGAGCGCCAAGCCGAAAGGCUCGUCUUCAGACUCGGGUAGCAGCAGUGAGUCAAGUUCGUCUGACAGCGAAGACUCCGAGUCAGGAAUGGCCUCUAAAAUGAAGAAGAGAGGUCACUCUGCCAAAGAGGGGAAGAAAGGCCACCACCCGGUCAUAGCUCCAGGUAUAGUUCAGAUACCCCUCCAGGCGCAGGCUCCAGUCUUACAGCCAACUGUUCAUAUAAAACAGCAGCAGCAGCAACAACCUCAGCCGCAGCCGCCGCCGCAGCAGCAGCAGCAGCAGCAUCCGUCUCCCGCAGCAUACAUGGCUCCUCCAGUCACGGCUCUGGAAUCAUCCCAGCUACUUGAGAACACGUUUGACUCUUUGCCCCACUUCGGACAGUCCCUCAUGCCCAUGCCUCACCAUGCCAACGACUCGUCCUCUCCUGCCCCUCCUCACCUCAACGCUCACACAGCAAGUGGCCCUGAGUCACCUGACACGCACCCGUUCUUAAACCAGCACCCCAUCCUUCAACCCCCAGCACUGCACAGCGCUAUGCCUCAGCAGCCUUCUCGUCCCAGCAACAGAGCGGCGCCGCUCCCCUCUAAACCCCCUCAGCCCACGACUCCCCAGCAGCCCCUGCAGCUCCAGCCCCAGCAGCCUCCUCAACCCCAGCAUCACCUCCCUCCACACCUCUUGCACCCCCCUCAGCCCAUCCGCCAAAGACCUCUGUCCCCUCCUACGCUCACCCCGCAGGGCCUGCUCUCCUCACAGCCUCCUCAGCUGCUGCUGGAGGACGACGAGGAACCCGUGCCCACCAUGCCCAUCAACCAGGUCCUCUUCCUGCAGCACCACCUGCAGCAGGGUCGACAGCAGCAGCAGGUCCCACUAAUGCAGUCCCUCCAGAGCCGUCAGGCGCAGCCUCCUAGCCAGACUUCCCUGCUGCAGACUGUGCAGGUGCAGUCACAGCUGCCUGUGCCGACUCAAAUGCCUGUUCAGACUCAGCCCCAGGCUGCUCCAGCGCACCAGCCCUCACCGCAGAUGCCCACGCACACACCCAGGCACAUGCAGCAGUCGCAGAGCCAACAGCAACAGCUGGCCUUCUCACAAGGUCCAGUGCAGACCACGCAGACGCAGCCGGCGCAGCACAAGGUGGCCAUGACCCCGAAUAAAGCUCAACAGCAAAUCAUUCAGCAGCAGCAGCAGCAGCAGCAUCCUUCUCCACGUCAACACAAGCCUGAUCCCUACAGCACAGGCCACCUGAGAGAGAACCCGUCUCCUCUGAUGAUGCAUUCCCCUCAGAUUUCUCAGUAUCCUCCUGUAGUCCAUCAGUCUCCUCCACAAAACAUCCAGCCCAAAAAAGAGCCGCAGCGAGGGCCACCAGCACUCAGCCUGCUGAAGGAAGAGAAGCAGCCACCUUCGCCAAUCAUGAGGAGCGAGUCCUUCAGCCCUCCCAUACGACAAGAACCACACAAACAGCCUGAGAGCAAAACACAAAUGCAAGGUCAUGGGCAGCAGAGGCCUGACAUGAAGCCUCUGGACACGUCUCGCCCCGUGAUCCGCUCCUCAGACCAGAGCGGUCCACCCCCCACCAUGCCGGAGAAGGACAAGUUCAAACAGGAGCCCAAGACUCCUGUGGCGCCUAAAAAGGUACAGGAUGUGAAGCUGAAGAACAUGGGCUCGUGGGCCAGCCUGGCGCAGAGGUCCACAUCGACGCCGUCGUCCGCGGUGAAAUCGAGCAGCGACAGCUUCGAGCAGUUCCGCCGUGCGGCCCGGGAGAAGGAGGAGAGGGAGAAAGCUCUGAAGGCUCAGGCGGAGCAGGCUGAGAAAGACCGGCUACGCAGAGAGCAGGAGAAACAGAGGGGGCGUGAUGAUGAUGAUUCGAUGGAGGUUGCUCGAAGACCCCACGAGGAGCAGAGGAGGCGCUCGGAGCACCAGCAGGCUCAGGCUCCUCCACCGCAACAGCAGCACCAGACCCCCUCCCAAACGCCGAACCAACAGCCCCAGACACCGUCCGCCACGCAGCCGCCACAGGCUCCGCCUCAGUCUCCGGCCUCCAACCAGAACGCCAACGAUCGAGAGAUUGCACGCCGCCGUGAGCAAGAGAGGAGGAGGAGAGAGGCGAUGGCAGCAACCAUCGACAUGAAUUUCCAAAGCGAUCUGAUGGCGAUCUUCGAGGAGAACUUGUUUUGAGAUGCACGAGGAGGCACAAGAGACUGCAAAAUGAAUAAACUUAAAAACGAAAACACAACCCAAGCAAAAUAACGGAUUCCUCCUCAUAGAGAAAAAUGGACCGAUGAAGCAGUAAGGGAAUAAAAAAAAAAAAAAAAAUUAAAAUUUUUUUUUUUUUCUUUUUUUCUUCUUGAAAAAGACCCCAACUGAGAGCAUGAGAAAUGCGCCGCAGAGGCAGAGAUGGCACUGGGUGAGCUGAGGCCUUGACAAGGACGCCCCCUGUAGCCUUAGCAGGGGGGAAAUAAAAAGAAACCUUUAAAGAGGGACCCUUUGAGCUGGGACCCGUUGCCUCUCUGGCAUUAUUCCUGGAUCUAAAACCCAUAUAAGUAGCAGGAACGGACAGAGAGGACAUUUCCACUAGGGGGCACUCUUUCGCACGAAUGGGAGCAAUGCUUUGGACCUUGAUAUCAGUGGAAGUAUAUCUAAAUGACACCAGUACUGAUGUACCAUGUACUGAUUUACCUGUCAUAGGCGGUAUUGCGUUUUUUUUCUCCCUCCUUUCACUUUUUUUUUUUUUUUUUUUUUUUUUUUUUU